AUGUGGAGCUUUGCCUCGGGCCUCCGCUGUAGGCGCUGCUCCUGCGCUGUGCACGUUGAAUGUCGAGCCGAAACGCCCAACGACUGCCUCGUUGUGCCUCGUGCCUCUUUGCCCAGCGCAGGACCGCAAAAUGUGGGGUUCACUCGACGCGGAAUCGUCAAGGAGGGCUUCCUGUGGAAGAUGGCCAAGGCCGACCCGAGCUGGACUCGCCUCUGGUGCAUCUGCAAGCCCGAGGCCCUCUUCUUCUUCCGCCCUCAACAGAGGUUGCUCGAGUACAGGAACCCCAUGCUGGUGCUGGGCCUGGGCGAAAGCGGUGGUCUGUCGGUGGCCAACGUCCAGGCCCUGCGCGAGCACUGCUUCAUCGUAGAGACCAGCUCGGGCGACUACCACUACUUUGCCGCCAACUCGGACGAAGAGCGCAAGGAGUGGAAGUACGCCAUCAAGCACCGCAAGGCCAAGUCUCGCUCGACUGCCGCCGCUGCCGCUGCCGCUGCCGACGCCACCACCCACGGCGACGACUGGGUAAAGCGCUUCGCGAACGAGUCCUGGAUCUGGACGCCGGACCGGCCCGAGCCGAGCCCCUUUGCGUGGGAAGACGUCAAGCCUACGCAGAUCAAGAUGCUCAACCUCCUCCCUCUCAUACAAAACGAGCCCAUCGCAAAGGGUUCCGUUCCCGAGCUGGAGCUGCGCGCCGAUGACAUCGUGGUCGACAAGCAGGAAGUGGCCUACUUCCGCACCAAAGUGACAAAGUACGACUUGGACCCUGUUCUAGAACUGGCUCUCGCGCCCCUUGAGAGUGCGCAGAGCAUGCGACGCGUGCGCCUGAUCUUGGCCGAGCUCACCGACGCUCCCGUGCCAUCCAAUUUUCCGGGCGUGUUCCUCGUCCUGUUCCGCAUGGGAAAGAACGCCUAUCGCGUCCGCUGCUCGAAGGACACCAACCUCAAGCGAGUCAUCAUUGAGGAGGUGCUCUUCCGCGCGCAAGCUGUGGACAUGUCGGUCUCGUGGGCUCUGCCGGCGAUCGAAGAUUUUAUGAUCAGAUGCGGCCGGUUGAACGAGUACAUCGUCGACGCCGACAUCAGCCUGCACUCCAUCGUCUACGUGCGGGAUGCCAUCACUAAGUCGCGAGCGAUCGAAUUUGACUUGCUGCCGUACGAGGCACAGCUGCACCACACGGACGGCGCCUCCGUCGACGACUCGCCCGCGGGUGAGCAGUCAUUCUGCUCGAUCGAGGCCGACGAGGGGCUGGGCUUUGACCUCACUGUACAAAACUGUUUUCAUGUGCACGACGUGAGCAAGCGAUUCGAGGUGAAGGUGAAAAGCGUGGAGAAUCUCAACAAGCAACUCCUCUACGACGCCAACUCCUUCUACGGGUUGGACAUUGAGGGCGAUCGCGUCAACGUCUUUGUGGCGUUCAGUCUGUACUUUGGCGAGCAGCUUCUGGCGCCCGUCCUUCACACCCAGCCCGUGCUCCCCUCACAGCCCAUCUGGGAGGACUGGCUCGUUACCGAGCUGCUCAGCAUGGAGAACAUCCCGCGGGAGGCACGGCUCUGCUUCACGCUCUACGCGUGCAAGGCCCAGGGCGGCGGAGCCAUGGGCAUGAUCACCAACCUGUUCCGGCCGGCCAACCAGACGGUGCCCCUGGCCGCCACCGAGAUCACCUACGCCGACUUCCGGGGCGUCCUGCGGCGCGGCUCCUACUGCCUCCCGAUGUGGUCCCUCGUAACGCCCGCCGCCGGCUCCCCUCGCCAGGAGGUGGCGUUGGUGGUCGAGUUCGAUGCGACGUCGCCCAAGCUCAUAUCAUUUUCCGGCGAGACGCGUCGGUCCGAGCCCGACGCCACCGGUCAGACCAGGGACGAGGAGGCGGAGGAGGAGGGAGAGGAGCAUGGCGAAACACCGGCACAGCACGAGCAGCCCCUGCUCUACUUGAUCCUGAUGCGAGACGCGCUCUACGAGAUGAGCACGGAGGAGAAGGCGUUGGUGUGGAAGUACCGUGGCUACGUCCGCUCGCAACGGCCCUACUCCCUGGCCAAGGUUCUCCUGGCGGCGCCCUCCACCAACCGACAGAUGAUCGCCGCAAUUCACGCCCUCCUCGCCAACUGGCCGCCCCUCCCGCCGGUUCAUGCGCUCGAGCUGUUGGGAGCGCGAUACGUGGACACGGAGGUGCGGAGGUAUGCGGUGAACUGCCUGCGAGAGCUCACGGAUCGGCAGUUGGUCGAAUAUCUGCCUCAGCUCAUCCAAGUCCUCAAGUCCGAGCCCCACCACUACUCCCACCUGUUCGAGUUCCUCUUCCUGCGGUCCAUGCGCUCGAUCGUGCUGGGCCACCCCUUCUUCUGGCACCUCACCUCCGAGCUGCACAACGAGAGCCACUCGGCGCGGUUCAAGCUGAUGAUCGAAGCCUUCCUGGCCGCCAGCGACGACGACGGCACGACGGAGGAGAUGAAGAGAGAGCUGGCGGUGGUGGCCGAGUUCGCGCGUGUGGCCAAGGAGCUGAAGGAGGUGCCCAAGGACGAGCGCACCAAGGUGCUUCAGGCCAAGCUUAGGCUCCUCGAGCUGCCCUCGUCCUUCCUCCUCCCCUACAACCCUAAGUUCGAGGUGUCGAGACUGCUCGUUGAGAAGUGCCGAGUGAUGGAUUCCAUGACGAGUCCGCUGUGGCUGGUGUUUGAGAACCGCGAGCGACAGACGGCGCACAUCAUCUUCAAGGUGGGCGACGACCUGCGGACCGACAUCCUCUCGCUGCAGAUGAUCCGCAUCAUGGACCAGCUGUGGCGCAACGAGGGGCUCGACCUCCACAUGCAGCCCUACCGCGCCGUGAGCACGGGCAAGGACGAGGGCAUCAUCGAGGUGGUGACCAACUCCGAGACCACCAGCGCCAUCUCGCAGGCCUACGGCGGCGGCGGCGCCGUGAGCGCCUUCUCGCGCACGGCGCUGGCCGAGUGGCUGCGCGCGUGCAACCCGACCGAGGCGGCCUAUCGCGAGGCUGUGACCAACUUCACCCUGUCCUGCGCCGGCUACUGCGUGGCCACCUACAUCCUGGGCGUGGGCGACCGCCACAACGACAACAUCAUGAUCACCUACGGCGGCAACCUCUUCCACAUCGACUUUGCCUACUUCCUGGGCCGCCGGGUCACCUUUGCCGGCAUCCCGCGGGAGACGACGCCGUUCGUGCUCACGCCGGCCUUCGUGCAGGCCAUGGGCGGCCUCGACUCGUCCAACUUCCGCUCGUUCGUGUCGCACUGCUGCCGGGCCUACAACGUCAUCCGCCGCCACGGCCACCUCUUCAUCACCCUCUUCGCCAUGAUGGUGUCGAGCGGCAUGUCGCAGCUCGAGAGCCUGGACGACCUCGACUACCUGCGUCGCGCCCUGGCGCUCGAACUCACCGACGCCGAGGCCUCCGCGCGCUUCACCCAGCUCAUCCAGGAGAGCUGCAGCAACCAGAUCACCCAGCUCAACAACGCCGUUCACAUCUUUGCCCACAGCUGA